AUGCUCCUCAAACCCGCGACCCCCCUCACCAUCCUUCUCCUGGCUGCCUUCGCCUUGCUGCUUAUCUCCGUCAUUUCCACCCCUAUUGUACGAGGCAUUCCGCUGGCUGCCUACAAGAAUUUCGAUUAUGGAGUCUUUGGCUAUUGCAAGGGAAACCAAUGCACCAAUGCCCACGUUGGAUACAGUACCAGUGAUCUGGCAUCCACCAGUGGCACCGAUGACUUUGAUCUCCCCUCGAAUGCUCGAAAGUCGCUUUCGUCCAUCUUGAUCGUGCAUCCCGUCGCGGCCUUUCUCACCUUUGUCUGCCUCUGUAUGGCCGCAGCCGCCCAUUUUCACGCCCCAUCGCAUUCGCCCCGUUUUCUCCUGGCGCUUCUUAUCCUGCUCCUUCCCACACUCCUGGUAACUUUACUGGCGUUCCUGGUUGACAUCCUGCUGUUCGUACCGCAUCUGAGAUGGGGUGGGUGGAUCGUCCUUGCCGCCACCAUCAUCCUCGUGACAUGUGGCGUGUUAACCUGUGCUAUGCGUCGCACCCUGGUCAGUCGCAAGGCCAGGAAGAGGCGCAUCGCUGAGAAUGCGGAAAUGAGUGGUGAGAACUACUACAAUCGACAGCAUGCCGCCGCUGCCGCCGCCGGUUUGACGACGGACAAGCCCGGAGGACCCAUGUCCACAGACGUCAAGGAGAGCUUUAUUACCACUUCUACUGCCGAAUCCCUUCGUCCAUCCACUCGCGGGAGCGAUGAUGAGCGUACUCCUCUCAAUACCCGUACCACUCCUCCAGGUGACGCUCCCGAUGUACCUCCCCUCCCCGGCCCUCGGUUUGCUCCCAAUGGUUCUCCAACUGGACAACGCUAUAAUGGAUCGGGAGACCAGGCCGCUAAUCCUACCAUUCCACCCGUUGCAUAUGGCCCCCCACCGGGAAUGCGACAAAUGCGUCCCGAUCAACGCCCGCAAAACCAUCGAGGUGCACCGUUAGGGCCCGGUCCUCGUGGCCGAGGAGGUUAUCCCGUCAGAGGUGGCUAUCCCCCCCGAGGUGGGUUUCCCUACAGAGGUGGUUAUGGACGAGGAGGCCCCUACGGAGGGCCCAGAGGCCCACCUCCAAAUGGCAGACCCAUGCGAGGGGGUCCGAUGCGAGGGUCGCGAAGACCACCACCGCCGCCCCUCGGCUACCCUCAAGGCCCUGGUGGUCUAGACCGUAGCGUCGAUUCCUACGAUUCCGGAUCAUUACCACCGGAGCAUGGGCAUAACCCCCACGGUCCGUCGUCGUCUGCCUUCCCAACACAGCAUCCUCCGGAUUCGCCGAUCGGAAUGGCCGUGCUACCUGAUGAAGGACCCAUUGGUCAAGCCAUUGAAAUGACACCGCAGACGAGAGAACCCGCCCCCUCGCGUAGUCUGUCUGUGAACGAGCGCCCGUUAUCCCCUGAGAGCCCAUCGAGCCUGUACAGUCGGUCAGAGGCUUAUAUUCCACCGCGAGAUGGCUGGCGGCGAGAUACGCCUUCUAUUGCUGAAAGUGAACCAUUGCAGAUGAACUUUGGACCACCUCAGCGCACGGGUUCUAAACCGAACACCAACUAUUAUGAGGAUUUAGACCCUCGUUUCAUGGACAGGCAGGAACAAGGGCCCAGUUCUCCAUUGCCAUCCGCACUUGUCCCUGGUUCAUCUGCAAAACCAGUCACUUCACCUCCAUAUCCGAAUGCGCUAUGA